UAACAGACACAGACAUGGUCUAAAUUUAAAGAUAACAUAAACACAAAUCUAAACCUUCUAAACGGCACCGCUUUAUUCUUCUCCUCUCCCCCAACUCUAGAUCUCGGCACAUACUCAAUUAUAUUUCCGACACACAGAGAAGUUUCUUAAGGCAGACUUUUAAGUUACAGAUUCCCUAUUCUGUCUCCAUAACUCAACACCAUUCAUAAACUCAGACUCACUUCAACGUUAAAACUCCAUAACCAAAUCUCGCUUCCCUCCAUUUUCUUUCAACUAAUAACUAAUCAUAAUUGUCGCAUUGUUACUUAUUAGCAAACAAUGAAUAGUGCGACUUACACUCUUUGUACUUCUUAUACAAACCCAUUUCUUAAAUCUCUUAUUUUCUUUCUUUUAUACAUUCUUUUGAUUCAUUCGAAACUCUCUUUCACUUCCUCCCCACCAGAAAUGCUCAUUUUGCCGCUCAAAACCCAAAUAAUCCCAUCUGGGUCCUUUCCUAGAUCUCCAAGUAAGCUUCCUUUCCACCAUAACGUAAGCCUCACCGUCUCUCUCACCGUCGGUACUCCGCCACAGAACGUGUCUAUGGUUAUUGACACUGGCAGUGAACUCAGUUGGCUUCAUUGCAACCAAACCGCCACUUACCCAACUUCUUUUGACCCGAACCAGUCCGUUUCCUACAAACCCAUUCCUUGUUCUUCACCGACCUGCACCAACAAGACCCGGGAUUUUACCAUACCCGCUUCUUGCGACGCCAACAAUCUCUGUCACGCUACUCUUUCUUACGCUGACGCUUCUUCUUCUGAAGGAAAUCUAGCGUCUGAUAUGUUCCAUAUGGGAGGUUCUGAUAUUUCGGGUAUGGUUUUUGGGUGUAUGAAUUCGGUUUUCAGUUCUAACUCUGACGAAGACUCUAAGAAUACCGGGUUAAUGGGUAUGAACCGUGGGUCACUCUCUUUUGUCUCUCAAAUGGGUUUUCCGAAAUUUUCUUACUGCAUUUCCGGUACUGAUUUUUCCGGCCUACUACUUCUCGGUGAAUCAAAUUUUACGUGGGCAUUGCCAUUGAAUUAUACUCCAUUGAUUCAAAUGUCAACCCCAUUACCUUACUUUGAUCGGAUUGCCUACACAGUUCAUCUUGAAGGUAUUAAGGUGUCCGAUAAGUUGCUUCCGAUACCGAAAUCUGUUUUUGAACCUGAUCACACAGGGGCAGGUCAAACCAUGGUCGACUCGGGCACUCAGUUCACUUUCUUACUCGGGCCGGCUUACACAGCUUUAAGGACUGAGUUCUUGAAUCAAACCACUGGAGUUUUGAAGGUUUUAGAGGAUCCGAAUUUCGUAUUCCAAGGAGCCAUGGAUCUUUGUUACCGGGUACCGAUAAACCAACGGGUCUUCCCAAAUCUACCAACUGUAAGUUUGGUGUUUCAGGGAGCCGAAAUGAUAGUAUCAGAUGAACGGCUUUUGUAUCGGGUUCCAGGUGAAGUGAGAGGAAAUGAUUCAGUGCACUGCUUGUCAUUUGGGAACUCUGAUUUGUUAGGCGUGGAGGCUUACGUGAUUGGCCAUCAUCAUCAACAAAAUGUGUGGAUGGAAUUUGAUCUUGAAAGAUCAAGAAUCGGUUUAGCAAAGGUACGGUGUGAUUUGGCUGGUAAGAGAUUUGGUAUGGACCCUACAAGCCCAUACAUUUAAGAUCAGGUCCGACAGAAACUGGGACUUUUUAUAGAGUUAAACAUGGUAUUAAGUUUUGUUGGGUGGAUUAUAAUGUAGUGUAAGGGCCAUGUUAUUAACGUGGUCCUGAAAGAUGGUACCGUUCAUCCAUUUUGUGGUCCCCGCCAGUAGAUGAGAGGUAUAAUCGGGAAACUAGGAAUGGUCACUAAUAAUAGAUAGAAAUUAGAAAUAGGAAAUGAUUUUUCUUUGCCUUGUAUUUUUAUUUUUUUUUAGUAUAGAUAGCGAGAAUUUUAAUAUGAAUCUAUUAUCAGACA